GUUCUACCUUGGCUCUUUCAGCGUCAGAUACUACAAAGCUCUUGCCUUUUCUGCUUGCUAUAACAGAUCUCCUCCUGCAAGACCUCCGUUUCCCCUUGGUAGUCUCCCAAUACCAGCAAAUCCUGCAAGAUGCUGCUCAAUCCCUCCCACAAGAUCACCUACAGCGGCCUUCCACCGGACAUUCUAGAUGCGUAUGUUAGAUACAAGAAAGGUAGUCGUGCGCUGGUUGCAUGGUUGUCGGAGUACAACCCAUCGCCCGUUCGGCGGGCCAAAAGUCUCCCAAUCAAGGAACUUCAAUACCUUGCCAGUCUCGCCUCUCAGAACAUACGGUCUUUGCCAGAUACAGUGCAUUUCUACUUCCGUGAGACUAUUUCUGCUCGAAAGCGACUGAGCAAAUACUUUCGUGCCGAGACCGAUGGAGCUCCUGUUGAUACAGACACAAUCAAUCAUGAGCAUUUCACUACAAGUCUUGCCGAAAUCUACAGCGACCUGUGUGCUUGCUGUAAGCGGAAUGAUCAUGCUGCAAAAGACCGGAAGAAGCGACGGGCACAGCUCGCACAUGGCGCUGCGAAUCGAUACGUUAGCCUAAACGCAGAGCACAUAGAAGACAAUGACGAUGAAGAAGUAAUUGCCGAAGAUGCUGCACUCGCUUCCUGUCCAGAAUGCACCGAUGCAAUCCCGCCAACGUGCAACGAGACUGAACCUCACUUCGCUGACGACGAACUCGGUACAUUCCUCGAGGUAACAGCAGCCGUACAGCGUCUGCAAGACAUAUUCUCCUCGGCCAACCACUGCUGGCACUUAGCCGCCAAAGGGCAGCUCUCGUUCACGGUAGCCGCUUUCACCACGAGCGUGGCCUUCUCCAUAGUACGACAAGUCGGGAUAGAGCUGCUGGAGCAUGACGAGCAGCUCGAUCUUUCGAGACUGCACCAAGUCAUCUGUUCUCGGGCGGGCUCUGAGACUGCUGGUGGGAAUACCGACCACAUCCUUCUAAGCGAUCUGCAAACAAUGCAACAAUCUCUCCUGCACUAUCGCGAAGGCCACGCGAAACUCAUCAUCCCUUCUUGCGCCGGGUGUCUUCAGAAAACAGCAGAGUACAUCCAACCAGCCGCAAACGACAACGGCGCGGCAAGACCCCAAUUCGUCGAGGCCGUGGUCGACAAUAUUGUGCACCUUGUCAGCAGCCCAACCACGCCGCCGAACAUCGUCCGAACCAGUACCCCUGUCUACGCGGACCUGGGAUACUUCGUAACUCGCACCGACGAGAAAAGCCAAUCGUGGUCGGCAGUCCAAGGCCUCCAUUUUUUGACCAGCGGUUACAAAGCGUACAUCCAAUCCUUGGAGUGUGCCAACUCGGUGUCUCUAUGCCGUCUGACCGCGUUACGCCUCGCACAGACAGCAGCAUCACACGUCACCAGACUAAUCAGCGACAAGACAUGUUUCCCCUGCCGUUGCACGCAGACAUUGGCAUACCAUCUCGCGAACCUGGAAGCGGACCUGCAGUCGUACACACGUCACAAGUGCUGGGACAUGUAUUUUCAAGCUCCGUGGGUGUGCGGGAGUCACAUUUUGGAGAUGCUUGAUCUGUGUCACUACUACGGCAUCCGUCUGCUGAGUUACAGACACUAUGUUGGUGCAGUGCUGCAUUCGUACAAUGUCCUGCGCCGCCUUGGAGGACUGGAGGAGAGUAUUCCCAUUCUUGACGCUUUGUCCGAACAGUUCAGCUCGGUCUUCUUCCCCGGUGGGACACAACCGAAAAACAGCUUCCGCGCGUGUUGGAGCAGGUAUGUUGGUGCGCGACUCAAAUUCAACAAGAAGGGUGGGCACAACCGCAACCAGAAUAGGAACGGCCGGGAUAGUUGGUGCAUGGCUGUCCCUGCGCAUGCUGCGAGACGGGCUGCUGGAUUGGGUGUUGGAGAGAAGAAUGGCGCGGAGUCAGCCACGAAUUGUUUGUUGUUUCAGGUCAAGCAGCGCGACUACCAUGUCGCUGAGGACCUGUGGGAAGAUAUCUGCUGCGGUUCGGCAUGCGGGGCUGCGGGCGCAAGCGCUGCGUCGUCGCAAACGGCGGUGAAAGGACGGAGUAACUCAACUGCGUCGAAAGCCCUCAAAAUCGCGAGUCUGAGCCCGGGAGAGCGUCUGCUGAGGUUAGCCGAGACAGCCCAGAGCAUGUUCAAUGGAUGCACUGAUUCAGAUGGCAAUGCUGCUGGUAAUGGCCUGCCAAUCGCGCGGCUGAAUUUGUUCGCCGUGUUUGAGCGGUGCGUGCGCGUCGUUUCGAGACUUUCGGAUGAGACGCACACGGGAGCAGAGGAACGUGGGAUCAACUGCAUUUGUUUCGCGAGCGCGAUACUCACGGGUGCAGAUCGGAUUGUUGAUGGGCGCAAACUGGGACGGUUUGAGACUUGGAAGAAGGAUGAAAGGGAGUGUAUCGAGCAGGCUAAGAGUGCGAUCAAGGACGUUUUUGGGGAUGUCAAGAGGGAAGAGUGGUUGUGGGAUGUUUAGCAACGCCUCUUCAGGACGCUGUACUGGUUCUGCUCGUUGGCCUCUCCGCACUCGUGGAUGAGCUCUGCGCGUGCCUUUCCUUGUCGCUAGAUGUACAUGCUGAUUUGAGCUCUUCUCCGUCUUUCCUCUUCCUCAGGCUCGGGUCUUCGCUCUUCCUCAAGCUCGGCCUUGAUCUCAGCCUUGAGUUGCGGCACCAACUCAGCUCUGAU